CUUUCUUGUACAUACCAAUUUAUACCUACCUUUCACUCUUGACCCGGAGUCACUCUUUCACACCGUCAAAAUGCCUUCUUCCCGCCAGAUCCUUUCUGUCCUCGCCGCUGCCGCCUCUGUUGAGGCUGCCAUGGGCCCAGCCUUCAGCACCGGUCCUGUUGGCUCGGGCUCCUGGAUUCGCGAGUCCAUUUCCACUCUUGUCUUGCCCAAGGCACCCAGCAGUAGCUCUGGCGAUGCCUCUCUCUGGGUCGGCAUGGGUACAUCCAACGGCGACCUGAUCCAGUCGAUCGCCGACAACUGGAACUCCAACACUUGGAGCAUCUUCGCCUACACACUCCUGAGCACCGGAGCCAAUUCGCAGAUGCCCGUUCAGACCGACGGCACAAACGCUGUCGAGGGCGAGAAGAUCACUAUGCACUAUAAGUUCGAUGACGCGACCGGCAACUACACUCAAUACGUCUCGAUCAACGACAAGCAGGUCGCAACCCUCAGCACCAGCGACGGUCACGCACAGGGCUGGGGCAGCGCUGUUGAGUGCGCCGAGAACAACUGCGGUACUAUGCCUGCCCACAAGUGGAUUGACACUGUCAUCACCCUCGACACUGCCGACCCCAACUACGACCAGACUAUGGGUAAGGGUGAUGGUGUCACUGGCGAGAUGUCCACUGAUGACGGUGGCAUCACCUGGAAGGUUACCGACAUCGACAUCCCCGAGUUCACCUUCGGCCAGUAG